AUGGGUGCCCAACAAUCUUCCGAGAACUCAAAUGCUGGUGGUUCUACUCCUGUUGCAAAGACAUGUUACUACGAACUGUUAAACGUCGAGCGUUCAGCAACAGAUGAAGAGAUUAAGCGAGCUUACCGCCGAAAAGCUCUCGAGCUUCAUCCUGAUCGUAACUACAACGAUGUCGAAAAUGCCACACGCCGCUUUGCCGAAGUCCAAACCGCCUACGAGAUCCUGUCCGACCCUCAGGAGAGAGCAUGGUAUGACUCACACCGAGACGCCAUCCUGAGCGGAAAAGAUGCCGACGAGGACGGCGGGAACCCCACUACCUUCCGAAAUGUGCGACUUACAUCGGCCGAGGAGAUUAUGGGCUUGAUACGCAAGUUCAACGCUGCUGUGUCUUUCGACGAUGAACCAACGGGCUUCUAUGGGAUUUGCAGAGAGACUUUUGAGCAUUUAGCAUUGGAGGAAGAGGUUGCUGCAGACAACGACGACCUCAACUUACGAGACUACCCGACUUUUGGUUCUUCCGACGAUGACUACGAGGAUGUAGUCAGGCCUUUCUACAACGCAUGGGCUGGCUUCUCAACAGUCAAGUCGUUUGGUUGGAAAGAUAAGUACCGUCUUUCUGAGGCCCCUGAUCGCCGCGUACGCCGCCUGAUGGAGAAGGAGAACAAGAAGAUGCGUGACGAUGCUAUACGAGAGUUCAACGACGCUGUCAACUUCCUGGUGGGCUUUGUGCGCAAAAGAGACCCCAGAUACCUACCAAACUCUCAGACUCAUGACGAGCGCCAAGCUUCGUUGCGCAACGCUGCUGCUGCUCAGGCCGCUCGGUCGCGCGCAGCGAAUCAAGAGCGCAUGUCUGCCUUUGAGAUCCCUGAUUGGGCCCAGGCCCGAUCUGACGACAAUGGAGCGGAGGGUGGUUUCUCGGAGUCUGAGGAGGAGUCCGAGGUCGAGAUUUUGGAAUGUGUCGUGUGCAACAAGACUUUUAAGAGCGAGAAGCAGCUUGAGGCACACGAGAAGAGCAAGAAACAUACCAAGGCAGUUCAGCAAUUGCGACGACAGAUGAAGCGCGAAGGUACUGAGUUGCAGCUUGACGAGGUAUCACCUUCGAGUCAAGAGACCGCCAACCAGGACGAUCAGGAAGAAGAUACAACGUCCAGAAAGUACAAGGAGAAGAAGGAGAGGGGCUCAGUUAGCACAAUUCCUGUCGAACAAGAUGUGCCUUCUUUCAACAACGAAUCGCAGGAGGAAAUGCUUGCACAUUCCGUGGACGCUUCGGAUGACCCUGACUAUGCACCAAGAGACGUUGUCGAGGAGAGAAUAACUAACACCAGCAAACACAAAUCGGAUAACAACAUGACCAAUGAAGAUGAACUAUCUGCAUCUGUUCAUAGUCUAUCUGUUGACGAGCCCGCGCAAGGCAAAAAGGUUGGAAAAGCGAAAGCAAAGCGUGCCAAGAAGGCUGCAGCUGCACAAACACAGCAGGAAAUUUCAUGUGGAUCUUGUGGGGAGUCGUUCACUUCCAGGUCAAAGCUGUUCGCGCAUAUCCGUGAUGAGGGACACGCCGCACUAAAACCAGCGACUGGGGGCAGCGGGAAGAAGAAACGAUAA